AUGGCUGUCUCCAUUGAGGAGCUCGACAGUCUUGUCCGCGACUUCUACGAAGGUCGCGGUGAGCAGUUCAAAGAAGAUCCCGACGCCUGGCUCAUGGUCGAUAAAAUAUUGUCCGAAGCAAGCUACCCGCAGACCAAAUAUUUAGGACUACAGGUCCUCGACCAGGUCAUCAUGACCCGGUGGAAGGUUCUGCCCCGCGAACAAUGUCAAGGUAUCCGAAACUUCGUUGUUCAGUUCAUCAUUCAGUGCUCUAGCUCCGAAGAGUCCCUGCGAUCCCAAAAGACGCUUCUGAACAAGCUGAACCUGGUCCUCGUGUCGGUAUUGAAGCAGGAAUGGCCGCACCAGUGGCCCAGUUUCAUCAACGAAAUCAUCACGUCGUGUCAUUCGAGCCUUUCGAUUUGCGAGAACAACAUGACGAUUCUUCGUCUCCUCUCCGAAGAAGUCUUCGACUACUCCGCCGAGCAGAUGACUUCGACCAAGACUAAGAACCUGAAGACGACAAUGUGCGCCGAGUUUUCGCAAAUUUUCCAGCUCUGCCAAGAGAUUCUCACGACAGCGAAUCAACCCAGUCUCAUCAAGGCGACCCUCGAGACUCUGUUACGAUUCUGCAACUGGAUUCCUCUCGGUUACAUCUUUGAGACUAAUCUCAUUGAUACCCUCCGCAAUCGAUUCCUCGAAGUUCCCGAAUUCCGUAACGUGACACUCCAAUGUCUAACAGAGAUCGGUGGUCUGCAGACGGGCGGACCUGGGCAGCCAACCUACGAGGAACAGCUGGUCAAGAUGUUCACCGAAGUCCUAACCACCAUCUCAAACAUCAUUCCCAUCACGCUGGACCUGAAGGAGACGUACCCGGGCAGCAAUUCGCGGGAUCAAGAGUUUAUCCAAAAUCUUGCCCUCUUCCUGUGCAAUUUCUUCAGCAUGCACCUGAAUCUUAUCGAAAACCUCCCUAACCGCGACUUCUUGUCCCACGGACAUUUCUACUUGAUCCGAAUAUCCCAAAUCGAUGAUCGCGAAAUCUUCAAGAUCUGCCUCGACUACUGGCUUAAGCUUGUUCAGGAUCUCUACGAUGAGAUGCAGCAGCUUCCCAUCACCGACGUAAACCCUCUAAUGGCCAUGGGAGCCGGCAUCUCCGGCGGUGGCGCUCCCAACCCGGCUCUGCUGAUGAACUAUCCCCUCCGAAAGCACAAGUAUACCGAGAUUCUGUCAAACCUGCGAGUUGUUAUGAUUGAGAAGAUGGUGAGGCCCGAAGAAGUCCUCAUUGUUGAGAAUGAUGAAGGAGAAAUUGUACGAGAGUUCGUCAAGGAAAGCGAUACCGUGCAGCUCUACAAGACCAUCCGCGAGUGCCUCGUCUAUCUCACCCACCUCGACGUUGUGGAUACGGAGAACAUCAUGACCGAGAAGUUGGCGAGGCAGGUGGACAACUCCGAAUGGUCGUGGCAUAACUGCAAUGUUUUGUGCUGGGCUAUUGGUUCCAUCUCCCUAGCCAUGAACGAGGAGACAGAGAAGCGCUUCCUCGUUACGGUCAUCAAGGACCUACUUGGUCUGACUGAGAUGAAGCGAGGAAAGGACAACAAGGCCGUUGUCGCGAGUAAUAUCAUGUACAUUGUCGGCCAAUACCCUCGGUUCUUGAAGGCCCAUUGGAAGUUCCUCAAGACGGUUGUCAACAAACUCUUCGAGUUCAUGCACGAGUCGCACGAAGGUGUUCAGGACAUGGCAUGCGACACUUUCAUCAAGAUUGCCAGGCAAUGCCGACGUCACUUCGUGGCGCUCCAGCCUAGUGAGCAGGAGCCUUUUAUCGAGGAGAUCAUUAGGAAUUUGCACAAGAUUACUUGCGAUCUCACGCCCCAGCAGGUCCACACAUUCUACGAGGCAUGCGGCUACAUGGUGGCCGCACAAGGUAGCAAGCCCCAACAGGAGCGCCUACUUGCCGAUCUCAUGGCCCUGCCCAACGCUGCCUGGGACGAGAUUAUCAAACAGGCCACCAUCAACCCAGCCAUUCUCCAGGACGCCGAGACUAUCAAGGUUAUCGGCAACAUCAUGAAGACCAACGUCUCAGCGUGCACAUCAAUUGGACCUUACUUCUAUCCCCAGAUUGGCCGAAUUUACCACGACAUGCUCCAGAUGUACCGCGCCACUAGCACGCUUAUUUCGGAGGCUGUGGCCAAGGAUGGUGAAAUCGCUACCAAGAUGCCUAAGGUCCGGGGUCUUCGUACCAUUAAGAAGGAGGUCCUUAAGCUUAUCGAGACCUACGUCGAAAAGGCGGAGGAUCUACAAGCUGUCCGAUUGCAGAUGGUCCCCCCUCUUCUCGAUUCGGUCCUGGUGGAUUAUAACCGCAACGUACCCGGUGCCCGAGACGCCGAGGUCCUGAAGGCCAUGUCAACCAUUAUCUCAAAGCUCUCUUCUCUGAUGGAGGACCAAAUCCCUAUCAUUAUGGAAAAUGUUUUCGAGUGCACCCUCGAGAUGAUUAACAAGGACUUCUCUGAGUUCCCGGAGCAUCGAGUCGAGUUUUUCAACCUCCUUAGAGCCAUCAACUUGCACUGCUUCCCAGCAUUACUCAAGCUUGACAACCGCCAGUUCAAGUUUGUUAUUGACUCUUGUUCGUGGGCCUUCAAGCACGACAACCGAGAUGUGGAGGCUGCAGGACUUAACAUGUGCCUUGAGCUCAUCAACAACAUUGCCGAGAAGACUGAUGUCCAGACGUCCAACAUGUUCUUCCAGCAGUUUUUCAUCCCAAUUCUGCAGGACAUCUUCUAUGUCGUUACCGAUCCCGACCACAAGGCGGGUUUCAAGACGCAGUCUAUGCUGCUUAUGAGGCUGUUCUACUUCGUCAGCCCUGCCGACGGCACCGCGCCCAAGAUUCAGGGCCCGAUCUAUCCUCCUACGGAAGCGCAGCCAGGAACUGGAAACAAGGAGUUCCUAGCCAACUUUGUCGCAAUGCAAAUGAAGAAUGCCUUCCCCAAUCUCCAGCCGGCGCAAAUCGCAUCGUUCGUGGAGAAUCUCUUUGCGUAUAACACGCAGUAUGACAAAUUCCGACUUAACCUGCGAGACUUCCUCAUCUCCCUCAAGGAGUUUGCUGGCGACAAUGCCGAGCUUUACGUUGUGGAAAAGGAGCAGCAAGAGCGCGAUGCCAAGGCUGCCGAUCUCGAGCGCCGAGCCAAGGUUGGCGGUCUCUUGAAGCCGUCGGAAUUGGAGGAGGAUGAACUAUGA